CUAGAUGUCGGUGGUGAUAACACUGUUGAUGCGAUCGGUAGCGUCUUUUUGAUCUGUCACAGAAGUUUAUUUAUAAUUUACGCUAGUUAGAAAACGCUAUCACGGUUUUCUGAGACAUAACAGUACGCGUAACGAUAAAAAUUUUCCAAUGAGGCAAGCGCUGUUGCUUUAUAGUUUGUAUAUUUAAGAGAAAAAAAAAGGGGGAAAAGAACAUACAUGGACUUCUCGACGCCGUAUUUCUACUAUUUAAUCUUCUAAAGUAUAUUGAAAUCAUGGAAACAUGUCUGAUCGAUACCACAGAGGAGGGUGGUGAGAAAAUCCAUACCAAUCCUCCAUUCCAAAUAGUAAGGGUUCCAGUGAAACAUGCCAAUCUGGGAAUACGAAGUCAUGCCAUGGACAUGAGCACAAUGGUAGAACUUACAUCGUUUAGCACACUAGGAAAGAUACAGCCCUUUCUAGUGACUAUCACAACUACUGCAGCUUUGUUAGUAGACUUACAUUGUCACCUAACGGACAAGGAAGUUUGUGGCUAUUUGGAUCUUUCUAUAACGUGUGCAUUUCCAUGUCGAUACUCUGGCAAGGACAAAUCAGCCGCUGCAGCCGUGGAAGCUGAAAUUGCAAGAGCCAUGGAAUGGAAACGUGUAACAUUGGUAGGUUGGUAUCAUUCUCAUCCACGCUCUCAUGCAUCACCUUCUUUAAGAGAUGUGGACUCUCAGUUGGAUUAUCAAAUUAAGAUGAAGGGACCUAGCGAUAAUGGAUACAUACCAUGUGUAGGAUUGAUAUGCUCACCUUACAAUAUGGAUGGCAAUUGUUACGAAUCAAAUUUUAAUGUCUUUUGGUCUCUACCGCCACCUGAAAACAGACCCCAUGAAUAUCCUCGACCUAUGCUUCUCAGUUACACAUUAUCACAAGAGCACUUUCUCUCUCAGGAUACAUUGGAGGAAAUUAGAAGAUGUAUAGAAUAUUAUAAGAGUGAGGGUGGCAUUGACUUUACUGCCAAUUUUAACGGUAAUACGACGUAUCUCGAACGUUUAAGGUGUUCCUUGGCAUCAAAAUUACCUGGUCGAAACAGAUCAAACAGCUCAUAUUGGGAUGUGAUCAGGGAGAUGAUAUGUCCAGGUUCGGAGGAUAGCAAUACACCUGAGUUUCUAACCAUGAAAUUUCCUCUGGUAUCUGCCUCAGAAUCGUUGGGGCCUCCAGUUCCACCUGGCGUAGGACUUACGGCUAGUAACGCGGCUGUUUUCCUAGCGCCAGUCAACUUCAAACCUGAUGGAGGUGCCAUAAUAACGCCUACUUCCAAGCCAUUUGUAUUACAACCAUCGACCUCACGAGACAGCAUCAAGAAGGACAAUACUAUAGGUCCUAAUGAUGCUGCAUCUAUCACUCAGAUAAAAGACGGAAAUUCCAUCGUGGGUUCCAAGCACAUAUCGCCAUCGGAGAUAAUACCAAGCUUCCAAUCUGGCGAACUCACAGUGUCGGUGAAGAAUGCGAAGUGCGACUAUGAUUUCGCGCCUGCGGACUUCUCGAAACUACCGAAUCUGAUUGGUGACAGUAGUGUCAAGUCUCGAACAAAUCCCGAUUUUCCACUAGCGGAUAUUACUCAACAGAUUACAAAGUUUUCGGAUUUGACGAAGCUGGCGAAUUUUCCUACAACCGAUUUAGCAAAGCUAUCGGGAUUCUCCAUUGCGGAUUUCACAAGAACCUCAUCGCCCUCACCGUCCACGUAUAUGCGCAACAUUGCGAAUCUGUUCGGUCCCAUCGGCAAGAUCUCACCGGCAAAAGACAUGGACGGUAAUGAACGCAAACCGGGUGAUUUCGUCACUGUUGACGCGAUUCCAUCACCCUUUAAGAGUGUCAGUACAUCGGAGGCUUGCAGAAAUUUCUCUGUGAGCGUUGACGAUUAUACGAACGAUCGGAAGAAAUUGGACUCGCAAACCGACCCGACGAAGAUCGGUAGGCCGGGCGAAUAUCAAGGAAUGGAGGAUUUGACAAUAUCUAGCAUUAAAUCUGACUUCGGGAAUAUGCUGGACAUGACGGCGUUGCAUAAAAAACAACAAUCGCAAUCGGUUGACAUGGGAGAUUCAUUGAAUCUUUCUAAAGAUCGUUUGUCAUUCAAGUGAAGAAGAUCCGAAGCGGAUCGAGUUAUUUUUACUGUUGCCUGGUUGGUAGAAAC